AUGAUAGCACCUAGACACAUGCAAGAUGGAUCAACAGCCGUAGCUGAGCAGCUGGAAGCAAUUAAUCUGAGUGACGACCCCUCUGCCCCAAAGCCUAUCUCCAUCAGCAUCCAUUUAACAAAUGAGGAGAAGGAGGCCUUAGUGCCUUUGUUAAGAGAAUUCAGAGAUGUAUUUGCUUGGAGCUACGAGGAAAUGCCCGGUUUAAAUCCAAACUUGGUAAGCCAUACAUUGAAUAUUAAGCUUGGUACGAAACCUGUUGUGCAGCCAAGGAGGAAUUUUCAUCCUGAAAUUGAAAAGCAAAUCAAGGUGGAAAUUGAGAAGUUGUUAGCUGCUGGAUUCAUCAAGCCAAUCAAGCACCCAACAUGGCUAGCAAAUAUUGUUCCCGUGAAAAAGAAGACCGGAGUGAUUAGAAUAUGCACGGACUAUCGAGACCUCAACCGAGUUUGCCCAAAGGAUGAAUUCCUGCUACCCAACAUGGAUAUCCUAAUUGACUCAACUUCGGGUCAAGGUUUGCUAUCAUUCAUGGAUGGGUUUAGCGGUUACAAUCAGAUUAAAAUGUCACCCAAAGAUGCUGAGAAGACGGCCUUUCGAACACCAUAUGGGAAUUUUUAUUACACAGUCAUGCCGUUCGGUCUUAAAAAUGCUGGUGCCACCUAUCAAAGAGCCAUGACAGCGGUGUUUCACGAUAUGAUGGGAAAAGAGGUGGAAGACUAUGUGAAUGAUCUUGUGGUGAAGUCAAAAACUAGAGAAGGCCAUCGAGCGGUGCUGAGGAAGGUGCUGGAAAGAUGUCGGAUGUAUGGGUUAAAAAUGAACCCCAAAAAGUGUGCAUUCAGGGUGUCAUCCGGAAAAUUCUUGGGGUUCCAAGUGCAUCAGCGUGGCAUAGACGUAGAUCCUGAAAAAACAAGAGCUAUAAAUUCCCUUGCGCCUCCAAGAAAUCCAAGGGAGUUGAAAAGUUUCAUGGGGAGAUUGUCCUAUAUUCGACGCUUCAUCUUAGGUCUUGCUGCCACUAUGAGUGUUUUUACUCCCUUACUCAAGAAGGGCAGCCCAUACGAAUGGAGCAAGGAAUGCCAAGAAGCCUAUCUGCAGGUGCAACAAAUAAUUACUAAGCUGCCCACCAUGAGAGCACCCAUUCCGGGACUUCCUCUCAAGCUUUAUUUAGCUGCAACAAACACAGCGGUUGGGGCCUUACUUGCUCAAGACGACCAUAGUGGAGAAGAAGGCCCUAUUUACUACGUGAGUAGGCAAUUAAGGGGAGCUGAAAUAAGAUAUUCAAAGACCGAGCUUUUAUGCCUUGCCCUUGUCUAUGCUGCGCAGCGCUUGCAUCACUACUUCCUUGCUCAUAAGGUACAGCUCAUAGUGAAGUCCGACCCCGUAAGGUACUUGCUCAUGAGAUCGGUGCUCUCUGGACGUCUUGCACGGUGGCUAUUGCAGCUGUCCGAAUUUGAUAUCACAUGCACAACUCCUAGGGCCAUCAAAGGACAAGCCGUGAUUGACAUGCUGGCUCUAUUUCCUGAAAAAGAAGGACCAAUUCUUUCGAAGGAGAUUCUGGGGGAGCUGCCGGAAACGGUGGCUGUUGUUACAAAGGAAGAACCAUGGACCCUCUACUUCGAUGGUUCUGCUACGUCAAAUGGUGGAGGAGCAGGUGUGGUACUCAUCAACCCCGAAGGGCAAGCCACGGCCCUCUCAUUCAAGCUAAAUUUCCCAUGCACAAAUAAUGUGGCGGAGUAUGAGGCAUUCAUUAUGGGGCUAUCUACAGCAAAGGAAAUGGGCAUAGAGAAUAUUAAAAUCAUUGGCGAUUCAAAUUUGGUGCUAAGUCAGUUACAAGGAAGCUUCGCUGUGAAGGAGUCAACAUUGGCACCAUAUCGCACAGCUGCUGAAAAACUGAUCGGUUCUUUCAAGCAAGUGCUGCUGGAACAUAUCCCGGGAGUCACCAAUAGAUACGCCGAUGCUUUGGCUACAUUGAGGUCAAAGCUCUCAUUUAUCCAAGAACAGCCCAACAUCACCGUGAUAAAAAGGGAUGUUCCAGCAGUUGAAGUAACGGCUCAGGAGGAGCCGCUGGAGGAAAAGGAUUGGAGAAAAUCCGUGAAAGAAAGUCUGAUCGAGGGAAGCAACAUCAAGGACUUGAAGGACUAUGUGGUUAUCUUCAGCGAACUCUACAGACGCCUGCCAGGAGGAGAAUCUGAGGCGCAGCAAGUGAUGCAGGAAGUUCAUGCUGGAGAAUGUGGUGAACACCAGGGGAUGAGAAGACUCCAUCGGCAGCUGUUGAAUGUUGGGUUUUAUUGGCCCACCAUGAAGAAUGAUGCAUACAAUUUUGUGAAGAAGUGUCAUACGUGUCAAGUUCAUGCCAAUUUAAGUCACAAGCCUCCCACGUUAUUGCAGGACAUGCGUACUCCUUGGCCUUUUCACACUUGGGGGCUUGACCUGAUCGGAACUAUCCACCCGCCUUCUGAUGGUUAUAUAUGGAUCCUCACAGCCACUGAGUAUUUCACGAAGUGGGUUGAAGCAAUUCCUCUUCGAAAGGCCACGAGGGCUGCCGUUGCAAAUUUCAUCCGUGAAUACAUUGUCUGCAAAUUCGGAAUCCCAUACAAGAUCGUCACUGACAAUGGUACCCCAUUUGUUAACAAGCAAGUAAGCUCGACACUUAGCGGCUAUGGCAUCAAGCAUCGUCGUUCCACGCCAUACUACCAGCAGGGAAAUGGCCAAGCGGAAGCCACAAAUAAAACUUUGUUGAGAAUCCUAAGCAAGAUGGUGUAUGAGUAUGAAGGAGGCUGGAGUGUCCACCUGCCGGAUGCUUUAUGGGCUUACCGCACCUCUCCAAGGAGCGCCACGGGUUUCUCGCCCUAUUUGCUUGUGUACAGUUCCGAUGCCAUAUCUCCCGUCGAAAUCACUAUCCCCACUGCUAGAGUAUCAGCUGUUAAUGACCUUGAAUGGGAUGCAAAGACAUGCUCGGAGUGGCGCUUGUUAGAUAUCGAGGCUUUGGAUGAGAAAAGAGUGGAAGCCGAAAGAAGAACAGCACUUUACCACAAAACCAUUGCCCAAGCUUACAACAGAAUAGUCAAGCCGCAAGCCUUCAAGCAAGGAGACCUCGUGCUAAAAGUCAUCGAGCAUGUGAGGAGACAAGUAUCGGGACCUUCCAAGUUUGCCCCGCAAUGGGAAGGACCAUUUGCAGUCAAAGAAGUUUACAGCAGCGGCUAUUAUUGCUUGGUCUCUGUCAAAGAAGGCAUGCUAACGGAUCCCAUCAACGGGAUGUAG